AUGAAGUACACGCUCCUUACCGCCGCUGCCUUGGCCACUGUCGCCAUCGCCGCUCCUGCGCCUGAAAAGGCCCUUUCUCUGGGAGAUCUGGGUCUCGGUGGCGGUGACAACAAGGCCACCGUCAAUGGCGACACCUUAACUCUCGUUCUUAAUCUUCAGCCCCUCCUCGACGCCUUGCUUGGCAACGCCAACAACGUCGAGGUCCCCACGAAUAGAAAGGCUAAGGCUAAGCGUGGGCAUGGUCAGGGUGCUCAGCUUGUCAACACGGUUAAGGAUCUUGUUAGCAAGAUCCAGGGCCACGCCAGUGAUGUUGACAACACUCUGCUCAGAAUCAGGACUGGAGGUCUCUCCAGGGGUCAAGGAAGAGCGCAGUGCCUUGAUCUCCUCGGGUCCAUUUCGUCUCUGCUCCAUGAUACCCUCGGCAGCCUCAAUGGCCUGUCCAUCACUGAUCCGGGUGACUACGACCAAGAUGAGCUCCUCGGCCUCCUUGGCGGUCUCACCAACACCCUCUCCAGCACCGUCAACAAUGUUGUCCGUACGCUGGGAUUGGGAGGCGGCCAAGUCGGAUCUGGCACUCUGACCCCUCUCUUCCAGGGUCUCUCCGACCUCCUCGAGUGUGUCGUCGGUAUCGACCCCAGUCUUGGUACUGGUCUUCAGGGCAUCCUGAACUCGCUCCUUGGUGGAGUUGGUACUGGCACCGGUACCGGUACUGGAACGGGCACUGGAGUUGGACUUCUCGGUGGACUUCUGGAUGGCGCUCUGGCCCCUCUGGGGGAUCUAUUGGGAGAUCUUAGGCUCAACGUUGGCAUUAAAGUCGGAGGCAAGGGUUCAAUCGGUGGUGACGACUCAGAUGGUUCCUCUGAUGACGACGACGACGAGACCUCUGGGGGCAACGGUUCUUCUGGUUCUGGAAAUGGAUCUCCUGUUUACAAUGUCCCUACUUAA